UCACAAUCUGCAUGGUCAUCCGGAAAAAAACAAAAAAAACUCUUCUGCCAGAAAAAUCCUGUCACCUGCUUAAAUGUUCCGUUUUUUUGGACAGGUCUUUGAAAGCAGCAUAGUAACAAUGUUGUCGGUGAGCUGCAUCCCAUUUACAGCUACAAGUGGGUGACAUCCAGCCAGUAUUUUGAAUAGUCGGUUUCAAAUUGAACUUGUUUUUAACUUCUGUUACAGUAAUAGUUUCCUAAACAUCAUUAGACAUGAGAAGACCUACGUGGUCAACACCGACUGAUGUGACUCUCCUUGUGGCGGAUCUGUGAGGACUACGCGGUUUAAAAACAUGCAGAUACCGAGCCGACCGGACUACGUGUCUGUCCACUUCACUGGACAACAGAGAAGGAGCUACAACAAUAACAAGCAGUGGAGGAGGCAGUCCUGCUGGAGGAAAUGGAAGCAACUGUCCAGGCUACAGCGCAGUCUUGCCCUGUUCACACUCAUACUGCUUUUCAUUUGUGGAAUGGCUUCCUACCCCACUGUUGCCAAACACCUCAGAGGCUUUACAGAGAGAGAGCAGGACGCAGAGAGAAGCAUCCUUCUGAGACCCUUUAGACCUCAUGUGCUUCCUGAGCCAGUCAAACAGGGCCAACAUCCGCUGCCUGAACAGCUCUCUCAGAGGAAAUUAUCCAAUAAGAGAGGACCUCCCAUCCUUCAGAACCGUCUUCAGAAUAAAGGAAACGCAUCUAAUAUCCUGUCUGAAGACAAGGCAGCUGACGUGAGGAUGGAGGGAGAGGAGGACAGAGUCAUCAGCUGGCGUGGUGCAGUGAUCGACACUGAUCAGGCCACUGACGGCAACAAAGAUGGAGAAAACAAGGAGGAUUCACCUCACCUCAAACAUUCACAGGAUUCAGAAACAAGCCGGAUAGAGGCAGUGCGGGAAGCUUUCAGACAUGCCUGGAAGGGUUAUAGAGACUAUGCCUGGGGCCGUGACGAGCUCAGGCCCAUCUCCAGGUCCUACAGCGAGUGGUUCGGUCUCGGUCUCACACUGAUUGAUGCCCUGGAUACCAUGUGGAUCCUUGGGCUCAAGCAAGAGUUUGAAGAAGCCAGGCGAUGGGUUGCAACAGAGCUCACCUUCAACAAAAAUGUUGAUGUUAAUCUGUUUGAAAGUACCAUACGCAUCCUGGGAGGCCUGCUGAGCACCUACCAUCUGACCGGAGACAGCCUGUUCCUGGACAAAGCUAAAGACAUUGGCUCCAGGCUGAUGCCAGCCUUUAACACACAGUCCAAGAUUCCCUACUCUGAUGUAAACAUCGGUAAAGGCACAGCCCACCCCCCUCGCUGGACCUCUGACAGCACUGUAGCUGAAGUUACAAGCAUUCAGCUGGAGUUCAGGGAGCUCAGCCGGCUCACCCAGGAACCUCAGUACCAGGCUGCAGUAGCUGAGGUCAUGAACCAGGUUCACAAGCUGGACGGCAAGCUGGAUGGUCUUGUGCCUAUGUUCAUCAACACUAACAGUGGACAGUUCAGCCAUCAGGGCAUCUACACACUGGGAGCCAGAGCAGACAGCUACUAUGAAUACCUGCUGAAGCAAUGGAUCCAAGGGGGCAAGAAGGAGAACCAGUUUUUGGAAGACUAUCUGCAGGCCAUCGAGGGUGUAAAGAAGAACUUGCUGCAGAAGUCUUCACCAAAUGGCCUUGUAUUUGUUGGGGAGCUUUCACAUGGACAGUUCAGUCCUAAAAUGGAUCAUCUUGUGUGUUUCCUGCCCGGCACUUUGGCCCUUGGUGCUCACAACGGACUGCCGGCUGAUCACAUGGAUUUGGCCAAGGAGCUGAUGCAGACCUGCUACCAGAUGUACGUCCAAAUGGAGACUGGCCUCAGUCCUGAGAUCGUUCACUUCAUUAUGCACCAGGACAGCACCAGAGACAUUGAUGUGAAGCCUGCUGACAGACACAACCUUCUUCGACCAGAAACUGUGGAGAGUCUCUUCUAUUUGUACAGGUUCACAAAGGAUCCCAAAUACCAGGACUGGGGCUGGGAGAUUCUGCAGAAUUUUAACAAGUACACCAAGGUUUCCUCUGGUGGCUACACGUCCAUCAACAACGUGCGCGAUCCGGAUUAUCCAAGUCCCAGAGACAAGAUGGAGAGCUUCUUCCUGGGUGAAACCCUGAAAUAUUUGUACCUGCUCUUCUCCGAGAACCUCGACCUUAUCAGCCUUGACAAGUACGUCUUCAACACUGAGGCUCACCCGCUGCCCAUAUGGCCUUCCACUGAGUGAUAGUCACUGUGACACAGAACACUUCUCAGGGUUGGUUUGACAUCAGAAACAUCUCUGUCUGUGUGAGCAGAACAGUGACCCUGAAAACAGGCUCCUUCAUACAGUUGACACAUUGUAGGAAUUUAAAAGUCAUAUUCAUGGCUGAGCCGUUUUUAUUUAUUGACUGGAGAUCCACAGGUCCAGAUGCUAAAUAAAUGAGAAAUCCAAUUGCUCUGUUGAUCUAUGAGGUUGCUGGAGCUGCUUGGUCAAGUUUUGCAACAUCCACUUUUUGUUUCUAAGAAGGUUUUUAGACCUUCAUCUGUUGUUAUGAAAUGAAACCAGUAUCAUCUUUGCAGUUGUGAAUGACUGCAGACUCGUCUCCACAUUCCAUCAGAACAGAAACCAACCAUACAACCUGCCUCUGGGUUUCGCUCAGAAUAACAGCAAGCAGCUCUCAUCCUGAGUAACUUCAUUAGACUGAGGUAUUUUUCAGACGCCCCCUGAAAAAAAUCAGCCCAGAGCUUCCUGACGGGGCGGGGCACACAGUCGUGCAGCAUUCAUGUCUUCCAGGAAAUGUGGCUGUUCAACACCACAAACACGUUUUAUUGGAAGAUUGUGAAGUUUAAAAUCAAUAUUUAAUAGAAAAUACAGAAUAUUUCACUGUACUUGAGCCAAUGGAUUUUUUUUUUUUUUAAUUAAAGAGCAAUGCAAGUAAUACAACAUAAAUACUGUGAAGACAUGUAUAAACAGCAUUUAAUUCCUUAUAUUUUCCUGAUAUCAGUGACAAGUAGCAUCAAGUAGGUCCAGAUGCUAAAUAAAUGAGAAAUCAAAUCGGUCUGUUGAAAAGUAUUUGUAUUUGGUAAGGCUGUGGGUCACUUCACCCUUUUUGCUCUUUGGACCCCCAUUUCCUCCCCACCUAAUACCAUUUCAUACCAUUCCAUGAACUAUUUCUAUUUUCUAUCCAUGUAAUUGAAUUACAGGAUCCGUACGGAACGUUCUGCAACCGACCGCUUCUUUUCGGAUUUAAAAGUUAUGUAGAAAACAAGUUUAGCUGUAAAAGUACAAAAUGGCCAAGAUGGUUUUGUUUAGCAGCCAGUGGCUUGGUUGACCUCUUCUAUAAAUUGUUGCCCUGUUUAUUACAGACAGGACAAAUUUAGAUGAAUUUACUUCAGUGGUUUGUGGAUGAGCCAAACAAAGGAGUCUUAUUUACUGUAUGAGAAGGAUGAUACUGCUGCAGAUAAAAUAUUAUCAGAGUAGCCAGCUGCUCCUGGUACGUCUGCCUUGCUGUGGAUGGCUUGUUAUAACACUUCCAUUAUGACUGAAUUCAGAUGCAUUAAAACAGCAUAAAGUGGUUCAGCAAAUAAAAGGGAUCUCAGACACUUUGCACAAUACAGAGCGAGCAGUUCUGGCUGGUGUUGCACAGUGCAAACAUUCCUCAGAGUCUUUGCCAAACCCCUUGGACCUCCUGUCCUUUUUUGUUUCUUUCCCAUUCACAUGAAUGCAGCAUCUGUCACUAUCACUAUCAUGGUCAUUUUCCAGCUGUAACAAGCCACCCUGAGUAAGCCAACAAACUCGAGCUAAAACUUGCCUGAGGGCAAAGUGGAAACGGUUCGGGAUAUUUGUGUAUAUUUUGCAGAGUAAGAGUACAUGUGUCAUUUUAUUAUCAGAGAAAAUGUGAUCUAUGAAGUUAAAAUAAUAUAUUGAUUUCUUGUGAAUAUUUCAAAUUUGACUGACUUAAGGUAAUUGUUUAAGUUUAGUAGUGAUCUUUGUGGAUUUCUUUUAGUUUUGGUGUUCUUGAAGUUAUUCAUAUGCAGGGAAGAGGAGUGGUCUACAUGCUCCUUCUGACCUAAACAACAGUUGGAAUUUCGACUGGGGCCAAACUCUUCUGAACUUCAUGUGUUUUUCUUCUGUGUUGUUCUCACAUGUGCCUUUAAUCUUGCCUCAGACAACAUUCAGUUCAUUCAAACUGUUUUUACAUGUGCUUAUGUAGCUCACUCUCGUCACUGUGGUCAUUGUGAUGCCCAUUGACUAUUUUUUUCCUUUAGAAUAGUGAUAUAAACAGUGAUGAUUGUCCUCAAAUCAUUCUAAGGUUUACAUGAUGUUAAUCCUGCCUACAAGAACUCAGACCUUUCCCUGAAUGAUGUGUUUCAGCAGAGUUCUUGAGCCAAAGAUGUGCUGAAAAUGUAUUGAAAUCUUCAUUUAGAUUUUUAUUUUUAUUUGAGAUUUAAAUGAUGAAAAGCCAUUAUUCUCUUCAAAAGUGCCACUUGGGGAAAAAUCUAUUUUUUAGCAUUUUUGAUAAUGAUUUCACCAGAAGGUUUUCUAUUUCAGCUAGAGCCAGAUCUCACAGUGCUUGAGAUGGAGCGGUCACUACGUCCACACUGCACAGAAGUGGCUUUGCUGUGGAAAUAUUUGCUGUGACCCUUGGCAGAUCUUAGGCAGAGUUGACUCCAAGUACGAACGCCAGCCAUACUGUGCCAAAGUCUUGAGCGCCUCCUUUUUUUCCAUGUUUAUAAGGAAAAUCAGAAAUUAGGUGCAAGAUGUGUAAACAUAAAGUUCUAUAAGUAGGGCACAAAAAAAGUGAAAUGGCCAUAACUUUUUCUAGCCCUCAGACUGCAGCACUGUAACGAUUGGUAGAAGUAAACCUUCUACCUUAUGUUGUAGGAGAAGGAGUCCAGGCCUGUAAUUAUCUAAAGGUUUCCUUAGAAAUGAUUUCUGAGUAAUAAUGUCAGGGUUAGCAUUGGCUAAAAUAUCUCCUGUUUGGUUUAACUACCAUUCUUUUUGAACCCAGUCUCACCUUUCACUGACAAGCUUGUAAUACAUUUUCUUCCUAAUAAAAACCUUAGGUACAUGUUGGCUGUGUUUGGCUCCGGUUCUUGUCAAGAAGACUCCGCAGUCUGGGCGGCACAUACUUAAAGUAAUAACUUCAAGUGUGUUGAAAGUACUGAGACUGUUUUUCACACUCAUUAAUUUAUGGGCUGAUAAACAUUUAAUAAGUCUGAAUGUUCUGUAAAAAACAAAAUUCCCUUUAAAUAUUUCCAAGCAUAAGCUGUUAUUGUAUUGCCAUACAUGCUGGAGUUUUUUUUUACUCUUGAAUAAAAUAUUCAUAUGAAACAGA